UCAGUGAAUGUUAUUCUCCAGGGCUUCUUCUCAGGCUGUUUGGCUGCAGCAGGGGUCAAGGGGUGAAGUGCGGCUAAUUUAUUCAUUCAGUCAAAUUUCCUGUGCAGAUGGCAGGCUGAUAUGAUAUCAGUAUGAGAAUCCCAUCGGAGGCAGAGGACCAGGGUGUUCACACGAGCAGGGCCGCGCUCUUAUCUGAUCAGCGCACGGCUCUUAUCUGCCUCAGACGCCGUUCUGCUCCGCAGACAGGGAGAUGGAGUGGAGGACCGUCGAGGAUGAGCCGCCAGUGAGAGCGACCCACGAUUCUGCCAGAGUUGACAGCGCAAAAGUUUGCACCAUUCUGCCCAUACCGUUUACCCCGUCUCUCUUCUCUCCACCCCUCCCCCACACCCCUCUGCUCUCGCCCCUAACCCCCCCUCCACCCAACCCCAGCCCAGUCUCCAAAAUGGACUUGCACCGGGCAGCUUUCAAAAUGGAGAGCUCCUCCUACCUGCCCAACCCGUUAGCAUCCCCGGCGCUAAUGGUGCUAGCAUCAACGGCAGAGGCCAGCCGCGAUGCCUCCAUCCCCUGCCAGCAGCCUCGCCCGUUCGGCGUGCCAGUUUCUGUGGAGAAGGACGUUCACCUCCCCUUCAACAAUGGUUCCUACACGUUCGCCUCCAUGUACCACCGGCAGGGCGCUGUACCACCAGGCUUCCCCAACAGGGACUUCCCUCCUUCCCUCCUACACCUCCAUCAUCAGUUUGCCCCACCAAAUCUGGACUGCUCCCCCAUAAGCAUGCUCAACCACAGCGGCGUUGGGGCCUUCCGGCCCUUCGCUUCUCCUCCGGAGGACCGCGAUGGAGCGGGAGGUGGAUACCAGUCCGCCUUCACCCCAGCCAAGAGGCUAAAGGGCUGCCUGGAGGCCGAGGCCUCUCCGCACCUGCGCUACUCGGACGCAGAAGGGAAAGAGUAUGACUUUGGCGGUGCUCAGAUCCCCUCCAGCUCGCCUAGUGCUCUCAAAGCCGUGGAAGAUGCAGGGAAGAAGAUCUUCGCAGUGUCAGGCCUGCUGUCAGACCGAGAAACCUCGUCCAGUCCGGAGGAUCGCAUUGAACGCUGUAAGAAGAAGGUGUCACUCUAUGACAGUCAGGCUCCCAUCUGCCCCAUCUGUCAGGUGCUGCUGCGUCCAGGAGAACUUCAGGAGCACAUGGAACAGGAGAUGGAGAGGCUCACCCACAUGCACAUCAGCAAGAACCCAUCACACAAGGACAUCAAUGCAGCUCCAGGCACACCGAAGUCUCUCCUGUUGUCAGUGCACAUCAAACGUGAGGGCGAGUCUCCAGUUGUGUCCCCGCUCUCCUCUGAUGAAGCUCACCAUUCUGACAGAUACCAGACAUUUUUACGAGUGCGAGCUAACAGGCAAACACGAUUGAAUGUCGAUGACCUCUGCUGGUGCAGGCGCUACGCCAAGGAAAGUUUCAAAAGUCCCCCAAUCCCAGUGCCCAGAGGAGUGCCCCUAGCCCCUUGCUGCCUGCGGCAUGCCCGGAUUGGGAAGAUGAAGCGCCGGAAGCCCGAGGAUGGACAGGUAUGUCCACUGUGCAGCGCCCCGCUGACAGGGACAGAGGAGGAAAUGAGUAGGCAUGUGGAACAAUGUCUGUUCAAGAGGGAAGGUGCAACAGAAGAGGAUUCCGCGGAUGUUGAAGGAGAGAACGGAACGCGGUUUGAGGAGUAUGAGUGGUGCGGACAGAAGAGGGUCCGAGCUACUACAUUAUUGGAAGGUGGUUUCAGAGGAACAGGCUUUGCCAUGUGUAGCACGAAGGAGAGCCAUGACAGUGAUGCAGACCUGGAUGUGGAUGGAGAUGACACACUGGAGUACGGCAAAGCCCAGUACACUGAAGCAGACAUCAUUCCUUGUUCUGGAGAGGACCAGGGAGAGGCUAAAGAACGUGAGGCACUGCGUGGGGCUGUUUUGAAUGGUGGUGUGCCAUCCAAUAGAAUAACACCAGAGUUCUCAAAAUGGGUCAGUGAUGAAAUGCCAUCCACCAGUAAUGGCGAGAGCAGCAAACAGGAGCCAAGCUCUUCAUCUUCGUCUUCCGCACCGAGGACCUGUAAAAACAGUGAGAUCGAGAAGAUCACAGAAGACUCCACAGCGACCACACUGGAGGCGCUAAAGGCCCGCAUACGAGAACUGGAAAAGCAGAUCCUCAGAGGAGACCGAUACAAGUGUCUCAUAUGCAUGCGCAAGCCGACCCAAACAGGGGCUGAUGGCAAGAAUCAGGCGGUCGAGAGGCACGGGAGCGCAGAGGCCCUGCAGCUCGGUGUGUACUGUUUGUACAGAGGCUACGUAACGGGCUGCAGCACUGCCACUGCGGCCAGCAGUGGGAUUAAGAAGCUGCUGCCGCUCCGGAGGGACUCGUAUACAAUGCCACUCACCUCCAUCCAGUGUUGGCACGUGCACUGUGAAGAAUGCUGGCUAAGGACUCUGGGAAACAAGAAACUCUGCCCACAAUGCAACACCAUCACGUCACCAGGGGACCUCAGGCGUGUGUAUUUUGUUUUUGGUUUCCCCACCGCCUGAGGGAGUGAAGUAUCGUCCUGACCAUGAGACGCUCGAGCAAAGACUCACACUGACUUUAAAUGGGGACUGACUUCACAAGCAUAGGACUAAUGAGGACUGUGUAGACUCAGUUCUCUACUGUAAUUGCUUGCGUGAAGAGCCUUCCCGUCUUCCCUCUUGUGUUGGUCCAUGGUCCACCCUCUCCAAAGUCAGCUUGGUUCCUUGAUGAGGAACGUGUUCUUCUCAGAUGAAGGAAAGAGUAUUCAUUCUGCCCCUGCUGCUGCUGCUGCCACUUUCGCAACUUCUUCUCCAAGACCGCUGACGCCAACCCUACUGGAACAUCAGCCUGAUAAGAAGAGACUUUAAACGGACCACCCGAGGCUCUCCAGAACCCCUCGAUCUCGAUUCUUCAUUGUGUUCUCGUUCACCCCAAAUCAUUACUUCUUUUGUGGUGUUCUAGUGAUGUCAACCAAAUUCAAUGAAUCAGUGCAAGCACAUGUAUAAUAGUCUCUGUAUGUUUACAGUGUUGUGAGUAAAUGACAUAGAGAACAAAACACUUGUAUACACAUGCACACACAUGGACAUACACACAUGCAUACAGAAGUAUAUAUUGAAUAAAAGUCCAGUUUUAGUUGGGGGCGGCUUGGGUCGGGAGGGAGGGGAUAUGUUUCAAUCUUGGUGAAUUAAAAAAAAAAAAGAAAAAAGAAAAGAAAACCCUCUGUAUUUUUAAAGCAGAUGUUGUUGUCUUGAAGUUGAAGUUGUAUUUCAUUGUACAGGAAGAAAUUUAAGUAAUAAUAAUAAUAAACUACUCGAACUAGGACUUAAAAGAUUUAGGUGUACAUUUUUCAUUGAAAUAUACAGUAAAAACUAGAUUUAAUUCUGAAACAAGGGAAAGUAUCUUUCUUUUUCUUUGCUUUUUUCUAAGAAAUGGAAAGAUUUGCUUUUAUUCACCCAUGUUUUUCAGCGUUUUUUGACUUUAAUGCUGAAUGCUGUCUGUCUGUUACAAACAAUUGAAAUUACUGCUUAUUCAUUCCAUUGAACAUACAGUAUUAAGACCCCUGACCGGUUGCAUAUUAUCAAUUUCUUCCCUCAAAAAAAGAGACUUUUCUGAAAACGUCAAACACUUAGGGUGGUUUCAUUUAUAAGUUACGUUCAGAUUUCCUCUUAGAAGUUUUUUCCCCUCAAAGAAAGAGCUGGAAGAGUCAAGACUUGUUUCCCUGACUGGCCGACUGACUGACUGCUCACGUUUUCCCUUGGAGUGAGACCGUGUGCUUUAUAUUUGUACAUCUAUGUAUUCUGUGAUUUCUGUAUUGAUGUAAGAGCAAAAAAAGGAAGAAAUGAAAGGUCAUUGCUGAUCCCAACACCACAAUAAACAGUCAAAUGUUGCAUUUGUUAUAACUUAUUCCACUGUUCUUUAAAUCUUCACCAUAGCUGGGUCACAGUCAAGUACUGUAAAAACAGCUGUACCAAUAUCCUCAAGAUUUACACUUAAAAUCACUGUUUCCAGAUGUAAAAUACCUCUCUGCAACUAUUUUGUAAAAUACAUGUAGUGAACAAGGAUUAGGGUUGACUCUUUGUAUUCUUCCUUUGCCGAACAAUUCGUUCCUGCCCCAAAGAUGACAGAUUGCACAAGAUGAUUGUGUGAUAUGAUUUGUGUCCUUGUAUAUUCUUGAAAAUGGUACGUGUCUUUCCCGUUUGUAAGUUACAUUUGACAUCAAUUAAAUGACUGUAAAUCUGAA